UUCUCGUUUUUUUUAGCUCCAACAUUCUAUCUAGCUCACGGCAUUGGUUACCAUGUUUGGAUGCACCGGAUCAGCUGUGCCUGUGGCGGAUUCAAGCAACUGUUGACCUCUCUUGUAUGGCGGAUACAGAAUAUACUGAAUGUAUGCAAAAGAAGACAUUCUAUUAUCACCUGCUUAUCCCGACAUCAGCAGUCAAUAUCGGUUUUGCAAUCGGUCAUUUUACACCAAUUAUUACAAGUUUCUCACUUCCGAUGCUUGAUCCUGUUGUAAAGCAUACCACUUCAACAAUUGAUCGUGUUUUCGAAUAUUUCGAAGAGCUACUUUCCUGCCGAUUUCCAUUCUCAUCCUACAAACAAGUCUUCGUUUAUCAGACUCCGGAUGAAAUAACCGCAUAUUCUGGACUAUCCAUAAUUUCACUUACUGUACUGUACCAUAAAAAAAUUUUGGAUGUUGUACAGAUGACGCGCCGAUGUCUUGCUUUUGCAAUUGCCCAACAGUUUUUUGGUUGCUUUGUUACCUCAACAUGUUGGUUGGAUGCGUGGUUGGUCUCAUCGCUUGCAAGGUUCAUCACAGGAAUGUAUGUUGAACGAUUUUUUGGCACUAGUGAAAGCCUUUAUCUGGUACCAUUCUUUGAUACGAAGAAAAUGUUGAACAGUGUCUGUGAAUAUGAAACACGUUGGGGAAAGAUCAUUUUGCGACCAUCAAACGCUGACUAUGAGCUUCACGAUAUUUAUUUCAUUAUUAUGUACUGGUCGAGAUAGAU